AUGUUCAAGAGCGGCAUUUCGUCCCUCGCCAGGGCUGCCCGCCCAUCCUUUGCCGCUCGACGAGCUCUCCGACCAGCCUCUCUCCGAUUCCCCUCUGCCAUCAGACUCGCCAGCACCCAGAGCGUCGGAGAUGGAAAGAUCCACCAGGUUAUUGGUGCCGUCGUCGACGUCAAGUUCGACACUGCCAAGCUGCCUCCUAUCCUGAACGCCCUGGAGACCACCAACAACAACCAGAAGCUGGUUCUCGAGGUUGCUCAACACUUGGGUGAAAAUGUUGUUCGUUGCAUUGCUAUGGAUGGUACCGAGGGUCUCGUCCGUGGCGCCAAGGCCUCUGACACUGGUGCUCCCAUUACCAUCCCCGUCGGCCCUGCCACUCUUGGUCGUAUCCUGAACGUCACUGGUGACCCCAUUGACGAGCGAGGACCUGUCAAGACUGACAAGUUCCUGCCCAUUCACGCCGAUCCCCCCUCUUUCACUGACCAGUCCACCUCUGCCGAGAUUCUGGUCACUGGUAUCAAGGUCGUCGAUCUGCUCGCUCCCUACGCCCGUGGUGGAAAGAUUGGUCUCUUCGGUGGUGCCGGUGUCGGCAAGACCGUCUUCAUUCAGGAGCUGAUCAACAACAUCGCCAAGGCUCACGGUGGUUACUCCGUCUUCACCGGUGUCGGCGAGCGUACUCGUGAGGGUAACGAUCUGUACCACGAAAUGCAGGAGACCUCCGUCAUUCAGCUUGAUGGCGAGUCCAAGGUCGCUCUGGUUUUCGGUCAGAUGAACGAGCCCCCGGGAGCCCGUGCCCGUGUUGCUCUGACUGGUUUGACCAUUGCCGAGUACUUCCGUGACCAGGAAGGCCAGGAUGUCCUGCUCUUCAUUGACAACAUUUUCCGAUUCACCCAGGCCGGUUCUGAGGUGUCUGCUCUGCUGGGUCGUAUUCCCUCUGCCGUCGGUUACCAGCCCACCCUCGCCGUCGACAUGGGUGGUAUGCAGGAGCGAAUUACCACCACCAAGAAGGGUUCCAUUACCUCCGUCCAGGCUGUCUACGUCCCUGCUGACGAUUUGACUGAUCCUGCCCCCGCCACCACCUUCGCUCACUUGGACGCCACCACUGUCUUGUCCCGUGGUAUCUCCGAGUUGGGUAUCUACCCCGCUGUCGACCCUCUUGACUCAACAUCCCGUAUGCUUGACCCCCGUAUCGUUGGCCAGGAGCACUACAACACCGCCACCCGUGUCCAGCAGAUUCUCCAGGAGUACAAGGGUCUCCAGGAUAUCAUUGCCAUUCUGGGUAUGGACGAACUUUCUGAGGCCGACAAGCUUACCGUCGAGCGUGCCCGAAAGAUCCAGCGUUUCCUCAGCCAGCCUUUCACCGUCGCCCAGGUCUUCACUGGUAUCGAGGGUGCUCUCGUUGACCUCAAGGACACCAUUGCCUCCUUCAAGGCCAUCCUCAACGGUGAGGGUGACAGCCUGCCCGAGGCUGCCUUCUACAUGGUUGGUGACCUUGCCUCAGCCAAGGCUAAGGGUGAGAAGAUUCUGGCGGAGUUGGAGAAGAACUAAAAAGGCUUUAGCUAGCUUGUCCCAAGAGCUGGGGAAUAGUAAGCCUGUGUAUAGACUAGUAUAGUAGUAAACAGCUAUCUGAUAGUAAGAUUUUCUUCAAACAUGCUAUCCGCGGGCUAUAUGUACAAUAGCUGGGACAUUUACAACUAUUAAUAUAUAUAAAAAAAAAUCGUAUUAACGUC